AUGGAAACACAGCUGAAGUUGAAAUUACUGUGGUUAUGUCUGAUGUGUGCAGCUCCUAUAUUGGGCCUGAGACUGCAGCCGUUCAUCUCAAAACAGUCCAAUAACUCCAUCACGGUGGCGUGGAGUGCUCCUGAUGGAAAUGUGGAGUCACAUGUGGUUCUCCUGAACAGCAGCAGCAGCAACAAAAGCCCUGAACUGGACUCAAGUAUCACCUCCUAUGAGUUUCAAAACCUGACAGCAGGAAAGAUAUACUCAGCCACUGUCACAACGCAGAGUGGAAACUUCAGUGAAGAUUCUGAACCAGUUACCAAUGCAACAUAUCCAAAUCCUCCAGGACAUAUCAGUUUAAAGCAUGCAACUACAGACUCCAUUUUUAUUGAGUGGGCUCCAGCCCACUUGAUGGAAGACGCAGACAAUUAUUGCUACACAGUCACCAUCAGUACUUCUUCCGGGACCAGAGAGUAUAAUACCAAAUCCACAUACCAGAACCUGACAGAUCUUACAGCAGGAACGUUUCAUGACGUCUCUGUGAGAACAAUCGGACCAUUUGGCCUCCAAAGUGAAAGCAUUGAUAUGAAAUAUGUUACAACAAGGCCAAAUGUUGUGCAGCCGUUCAUCUCAAAACAGUCCAGUAACUCCAUCAGAGUGGUGUGGCGUGCUCCUGAUGGAAAUGUGGGGUCAUAUGUGGUUUUCCUGAACAGCAGCAGCAGCAGCAACAGAAGCCCUGAACUGGACUCAAGUAUCACCUCCUAUGAGUUUCAAAACCUGGCAGCUGGAAAGAUAUACACAGUCACUGUCACAACACGGAGUGGAAACUUGAGUGAGGAGUCUGAACCAGUUACCAAUGCAACAUAUCCCAAUCCUCCAGGAAGUAUCAAAGUAAAUCAUACAACUACAAACUCCAUUUUCAUUGAGUGGGCUCCAGCCCACUUGAUGGAUGACACAGACAAUUUUAGCUACACAGUCACCAUCAGUAAUUCUUCCUGGACCAGAGAAUAUAAAGCCAAAACCACGUCCCAGAACAUGACAAACCUUACAGCAGGAACGUUUUUCAACAUAUUUGUGAGAACAAUUGGACCAUUUGGCCUCCAAAGUGAAUGCUUUAAAAUGGAAUAUGUUACAAGGCCAAAUGUUGUGCAGCCGUUCAUCUCAAAACAGUCCAGUAACUCCAUCAGAGUGGUGUGGCGUGCUCCUGAUGGAAAUGUGGGGUCAUAUGUGGUUCUCCUGAACAGCAGCAGCAGCAGCAGCAGCAGAAGUCCUGAACUGGACUCAAGUAUCACCUCCUAUGAGUUUCAAAACCUGGCAGCUGGAAAGAUAUACACAGUCACUGUCAUAACACAGAGUGGAAACUUUAGUGAAGAGUCUGAACCAGUUACCAAUGCAACAUAUCCCAAUCCUCCAGGAAGUAUCAAAGUAAAGCACACAACUACAAACUCCAUUUUCAUUGAGUGGGCUCCAGCCCACUUGAUGGAUGACACAGACAAUUUUAGCUACACAGUCACCAUCAGUAAUUCUUCCUGGACUAGAGAAUAUAAACAGGAACGUUUCACAACAUAUUUGUGA